AUGAGGGGACGGGCUGUCCUGUGCUUGGAGGCCCUGACCCAGAGCCUUCCACAGGUGCUGCCCUUCAAGAAAGCCAUCCCAGGCAGCCUGGAAGUGGGGAUGGCCAUCUACAUCGAGGGUGUGCCCAGCAAGGACCCAAAGAGGUUUGCAGUGGACUUUGUAUUGGAAUCGAAAUCAGAAGUCGACAUCGCCUUCCACUUCAACCCACGCUUUGACAGUGGGGACAAGGUGAUCUUCAACUCACUGCAGUCAGGCCAGUGGGGCGAAGAGAAGGUGAAAAACAGCUUGCCUUUCAAAGAGGGGGAGCGCUUCGAGCUGCUGGUGAUGGUCCUGAAGGAGCACUACAAGGUGUCAGUAAAUGGAAAUCCUUUUUAUGAAUUUGUGCACUGCAUGCCCCUCCAAGCUGUCACCCACCUGCAUGUAUAUGGGGACCUGAUUGUCCACUACAUCAACUUUAUUGACUGUAGUCCCGCCCCCCUCCAGGUUGCUGUAGGAUGCAACUUGCUUUGUUGUAACCUGCCAAAAAUGCAGGCACCUCCAGCCUUCAAUCCGCCAGUGCCAUAUGUGGUGAAUCUGCUAGAGGGCCUGAUUCCAAAUAAAACCUUCAUCAUCAAGGGAUUGGUCCUGCACUCAACAGACAAUAUUGCCAUCAACUUCAGUGUGAGAGCCACGGGGGACAUAGCCCUGCACUUCAACCCCCGUGUCCCAAGAGGUGUUGUGGUGCGGAACAGUUUCCUGAAUGGCCAAUGGGGGCCUGAGGAGACAACCCUCUCCUGCAAUCCCUUUGUGCCAGGACAGCCCUUUGAUCUUCUCAUUUGUGCCAGCCCCUAUGGCUUCAAGGUGUUUGCCAAUGGCCAGCACAUCUUUGACUACCAAUAUCGGAUGUUCGUCUUCACUACAGUCAACAUGCUGACCAUAUCAGGGGAUAUCCGCUUGUCCUAUGUCCAUGUCUGA